UCAUUAAUUUCUGGUUGGAUUUGGAUUGUUUUCAAUUUUAUAAAAAUACCUACUAUUUUGUUGUUUGGUCAUUAAAAACGGUACAGUACAAUAAAAUAAAAUGGAGCUUCAAGACACGUACUACAAUAAAUCUGAAUACGUCGAGACUGCAUCUGGUAACAAAGUGAGCAGACAGACAGUGCUAUGUGGAUCCCAGAACAUUGUGUUGCAUGGAAAAGUGAUAGUUCAAAGUGAUGCCAUAAUUCGAGGAGAUUUAGCUAAUGUGAAGACUGGAAGGUUUUGUAUCAUCAGCAAAGGUUCAGUUAUACGGCCGCCGUUCAAAAAAUUUAGCAAAGGCGUGGCCUUCUUUCCACUUCAAAUGGGUGAUCAUGUGUUUGUGGGCGAAAACACAGUAGUGAAUGCAGCUGUAGUCGGCUCAUAUGUUUACAUCGGGAAGAAUGUGGUUAUUGGAAGAAGGUGUGUCCUCAAAGACUGCUGCAUGAUUGAAGACAACUCGGUCCUCGCAGCUGAGACGGUAGUGCCAUCAUUUGCGAGGUUCUCUGGCAGUCCUGCCAGGCUCGUGACUACUCUACCGGAAGCAAUGCCUGAUCUCAUGACGGAGUUCACAAAGAGUUAUUAUCAGCACUUUUUACCAACUACUGUAAAUUAAUAUUAAGUUACAAUAAUCAAGUAUUAGCUGUAAAAUUUUUUAUGAUAUCACUAUAAAAAUAUAACUAACUAAUAAGCUUAUUACUGAAGGCAAAGCAAAAAGGUAUCAAAGCAUUUAUUUAUUAAAUUAAAUUAUUAUACAGA